UUUUCUUAGUCAGUUUUUAUUAGGUAAAAGUGGUUCAAGCCAAGUUGGUUCCAAGGAAUAAAAAGUUUUUAUUUAUUUGUGCUUCAAUUAUUGAAGCGAAAAAUAAAGGAAAAUUUAACGGAACAAGAGAAUAGUUACAAAUAACUAUUUGCACUAGUGUUAUUUUGUAUAUUAUUUAGAACAACUGUGAUCGUAAGCAGCUUCAAAUUUUCAUAUAAUGGAAACAGAGCCAGUAGUAAAUUUACUUAAGCGUAAUCUCUCCGAGGCUGAGUAUGCUGACGCACGUGCGACCACAAGUGAUAUAGACUCGCCAGUUCAUUCUUGUGGUACCACAACUCGCAGCGAGGAUGAAGAUGAGGAUAUAUUCGAACAAGUUAAAAUGAUAUUAAGAAAACGUCGUGGCUGGUGUCCAGAAGACUCACUCAGCAAUAACGACUUGGAUUUGUUAGAAUAUGAUGAUGAACUUGUUGAGGAAGAUGAUGCUGGUUGUCCUCUGCCAUCAACCCCAGAAGACUCACAGCUUAUUGAAGCUGAGAUGACAGAAGUGCUGAAAGCGGGUGUACUUUCUGAUGAAAUUGAUUUGGGUGCAUUGACCCAUAAUGCUGCAGUACAAGCAGAAGAGUUCGUUCGCAAGGUAUGGGAGGCUAGCUGGAAAGUAUGUCAUUAUAAGAACCUACCAAAAUGGUUACAAGAUAACGAUUUUUUGCAUCGUGGUCAUCGUCCACCAUUACCCUCUUUUAGCGCAUGUUUUAAAUCUAUUUUCCGUUUACAUACUGAAACUGGCAAUAUAUGGACUCAUUUGCUUGGUUGUGUAGCUUUUAUUGCUAUGGCAUCGUACUUCUUAACACGUCCAUCAUUGGAAAUACCUCUACAAGAAAAAGUUAUAUUUAGUACGUUUUUUUUGGGAGCAAUUAUAUGUUUGGGUUUUUCAUUUGCUUUUCAUACACUCAGCUGUCAUUCAAUUGAGAUCGGAAGACUGUUUUCCAAGUUAGAUUAUUGUGGAAUUGCUUUCCUAAUUAUGGGAUCAUUUGUACCCUGGUUGUAUUAUGGUUUCUAUUGUCACUAUCAGCCGAAAGUGAUUUACUUAUCAAUUGUUUGCGUGUUGGGUUGUUUGUCCAUAAUUGUGUCUCUAUGGGAUAAAUUUUCUGAACCUAGACUACGACCAUUACGUGCUGGAGUUUUCAUGAGCUUUGGUUUAUCUGGAAUAAUACCUGCAAUACAUUAUAGCUUAAUGGAAACCCAAAUUAAACAAAGUAGCUUAGGUUGGCUAACACUUAUGGGUUUACUAUAUAUACUGGGAGCAAUGUUGUAUGCAUUACGUGUACCGGAAAGAUGGUUUCCUGGAAAAUUUGAUAUAUGGUUCCAGUCACAUCAGCUAUUUCACAUAUUAGUUAUUAUAGCUGCCUUUGUACAUUACCACUGCAUAUCCGAAAUGGCGAUGCAUCGAGUUACGGUUGGUGAAUGUGCAGUACCGCAUGAGCCUAUUACGUUUUAAAUUCAACGUUUUUUAAAAACAGACUUUUGUAUAAUAUGUCAACAUUACAACAAUAAUAGAGAGCGUUAAAAAAAAAAUAAGUUUACAAUAAUCAAAUCAUUCACAAAUGCA